AUGUCCCCAGCCUCUCGGCCUGGCCAGGGCCCGCCACCCCCAGCAACAACAGCGCCAGACCAGCUCGUCAGCGCCCGCGACGGCAGACGGUACUGGCAAGGCGUCAGUGCCGACGUCGAUGGCAUGCUCGGAGGCGUCCCCUCCAUGCCGGGCUUCGGCUCCAUCUCCAGGAUCGAUCUCCAGGGUUCCCGUACCUUUUUGGCUAGGCUGGGCAUAGGUCUCAAGGGCGGCCGGCGGCCCAUUUCGACUGUCCUCGAGGGCGGAGCAGGCAUCGGCAGAGUCACCGAGGGCCUACUGCUCCCCUUGGCAGAGCACGUCGACAUCGUAGAGCCCAUGUCCAAGUUCACCGACGUGCUUCAGGGCAAAAGCGGCGUCCGCACCGUCUUCAAUGUUGGCCUCGAGGACUGGCUGCCUCCGCCGGGCGUCGAGUACGACUUGGUCUGGACCCAGUGGUGCCUGGGCUACCUCAGCGACGACCACUUGGUGCGCUUCUUGCGCCUCUGCAAGACGGUGCUGCGACCCGAGUCUGGCGUCAUUGUAGUCAAGGAGAACCUCAACACCAGCGGCACCGACCUUUUCGAUGCCACAGACAGCAGUGUGUUAAGAGAAGAUCAAAGCCUGCGAGACAUCUUUCAAAAUGCAGGACUCGAGCUGGUCAAGACGGAGCUACAGCGCGGAUUCCCCGAGAUGUCGACGAAGAGGCUGUAUCCCGUGCGCAUGUAUGCGCUCAAGCCAUGCUAG